AUGGCGACCCUCGUGCAGCCGACGGCCGUUGGGGCCGCCGGGAAGACCUCCAUCAUCCUGCUGUGGGUGCCAGUUAUCGCCGCCGCGCACCUGUUUGCCGCCUUUUGGCUCGUCAAGACUUGGCUCCUCAAGUCGCCACUCGGCAAGAAGCAGCCGGCGCGGACGCCCAGCCGCGCGAAGGCGGCGUCGAUGAAGGUGGCGGGCGGCGCGGAGCGCGUCGCGGGCGACGACGUCGCGGGCGCCGACCAGGUCGCCAUACAGAUGCCCCCGCGGCCCCGCGGCGACCCGGACGUAUCGGCGUUCACCGAGGGGGAGGGCCCCGCUGACGAGGACGACGAGGUCGCCGACAAUGGCCAGGACUUGGAGAUCUUCAAGUCCCUCGAGCAGCCCCCCACCCGCGACCUGACCCACACCUACUCGAUCAACGUGGUGUCCUCCAGCCUAGAGUGGCAGGGCGUGGGCUGCAUAUACGCGACGCCAGCGGGCCCCAAGGAUGUGCUCAAAGACAUCUGGGGCAUAGCCCAGCCGGGAGAGAUGCAGGCGCUGAUGGGCCCCUCUGGCGCCGGCAAGUCGACCUUCAUGGACAUCCUGGCCCUCCGCAAGUCAGUGGGCGAGCUGACCGGGCGCAUCCUGGUCAACGGCGCGCGCGCCACCAAGGCCUUCAUCCGCAAGACCGCCUACGAGGACAACUUUGUGCCCACCAUGACCACCUGGGAGGUCAUGGACUUCUACGCUCAGAUCAUCCUGCCCGGGAAGUGGACCAACAAGCGGCGCCAGGAGCGCAUCCGCGAGGUGCUCUCUGAGGUCGGCCUCGCCCACGCCCACCGCACCAUCGUCGGCGGCACGCUGCCCGGCGGCCUCAUGAUGCGCGGCCUGAGCGGCGGCGAGCGGCGCCGCCUGGCGAUCGCGACCGGCAUUCUCGCGGCGCCGUCGGUGCUUUUCCUGGACGAGCCGACCUCGGGGCUGGACUCAUUCGCCGCGCUCACGGUCAUGGGCUACCUCAAGCGCAUGGCACGCGAGCAGAACCACGUCGUCAUCGCCUCCAUCCACCAGCCGCGCUCCGCCAUCUGGCUCAUGUUCGACGCCGUCACGCUGCUGGCCAGCGGCCGCCUCAUGUACCACGGGCCCAGGGAGGGCAUCACGCCCUGGUUUGGGUCCCUGGGGUACAACUACGACCCAAACCUCCACGGCGUGCCCUCUGACUGGGCGCUGGACCUGGUGGCCAUCGGCUUCGCCAAGCCGCCGCGCUUCUACGGCCACACCAUCACAAACAGGGACGAGCUGCUGGCCGCAUCCGCCGCCUUCAAGGCGCACUACCUGCAGCAGAGCGGCCUCACCGGCGGCGAGGGCGACGCCAAGGGCGGCGACGACGCCAAGGCGCCCGUCAAGGCCGCCCACUUUGCGUCCAACGCGUUCUCCCAGUACAAGACGCUUUUCGGGCGCGAGCUCCUGUCCAUCACGCGCAACCCCUUCGACGUCGCCGGGCGGACGCUGACCUUUGCCUGGGUCGGCAUCCUCAUGGGCAUCCUGUACUACGGGCUGCCGUUCACCGCCGACAGCGCCCGCAGCCGCCUGAACCUGGUGUACAUGCUGCUCUCCUUCUACUGCCUGAUGCCCUACAUCAGCGCCGGCCUCUACAGCGCCGACAAGAAGUUCUACCUCAGCGACGCGUCGAGCCAGCUGUACCGCCCCCUCGCCUACUACCUCGCAAAGGCGCGCCUUUGGGGGUCCUCGGGGUCCGCGACCCGCGAUCUGAUCCACGAUCUGCAAUCUGAGUUGUCAUCUGAGUCAUCCGACACCCGAUUGCAAGGGCCCGAAUCCCUGUGCUUGGCGCCCCCUCGACUGCGGCCCUUUUCUUUGUUUCUGGCCUGUCCUAUCACGGCCAUCACGCCGUUCCAGAUCAUCUCGGCGCUGGUCUUCGGCUUCAUCGUGUACGGCAUGGCGGGGCUGCGCCACGGCGCGGUGCCGAUCCUCAAGAGCGGCCUCAUCAACACCCUCAUGUUCCUCAUCGCCUCACAGGUGCUCCACGCGUGCGCCGUGUUUGCGCCCAACCAGGACGUGGCUUUCAUGAUGUCCAUCCUCUGGACCACCAUCCAGCUGCUGCUCUCAGGCUUCUUCAUCGUGUUCCCCGAGGUGCUGAACUACUGGCUGACCUACCUGAGGUACAUCAGCGCCACCUACUACAGCUUUGAGGCUGUGGCGAUCAACGAGUUCAGGGAUGGCGUGCUGUCCUGCGCCCAGGGCCUUAGCGACAGCCAGCUCGCCUUCCUGCUGGGCGCCUUCCCCAACUCGUCCUCCUCCCAGAGGAGCCAGGUCAAGUUCUUCUUCUCCAACCCCGACAAGAACUGCGUCGUCGACACCAACUCCAUCCUCGAGUACUUCCAGUUCUCGCGCCCCUUCUGGAUGAGCGUCGUCAUCCUCGUCGCAUACCUCAUCGCCUGCCACCUGCUCACCUUCGGAGCCAUGCUCGUGGCCGCCCGCCGCGAGCGCCGCUGA